AUGCCCGCACCCCUCAUCCCGGCAGAGCGGCUGCGCGAUGCCCUCGACGUCGUGCGCCAGUCAAUCGAGCACUUUUCCACAAACUACCGCACAUGGCUAACUCAGGCACCCGCCUACAGCACCGCUCCCUCGCUCCGCCCAGAUCGCCACCACCACCACCACCACCAACAUGACGACGGCCCAGCCAGCCCAGCCUCGGGCUCCGCGACCAGGCGGCCCGCCUUCCACCCGGACGCAGAGACCCUGGCAAGGGCCUACUGCCCCAUUGCCGGUCCGCGCUGGGACGAGCACCGCACCAGGGCAUUCGCAUCAACCGCCAUAAAGGGCCUCACCGUCCUCCGCAACCAGAUCGACGCCGAGCUCCUCACCCUCGAAAAGAUUGCCGCAGAAAACGGCAACUGGCAGGACCCGCACCCCUUCUCCAACGGCCCGCACCACAUCCACUACUGGGAGGAGAUCCUCUACGUCGCCCUCACCUCGGGUCCCGUCGUAUCCAUCCAGGACCGCUUCUCGUUCGACAUGGACCUCGCCGUCCGCCGCAAGAAGCGCAUGCAGAGGAGCCAGGCAAAGGCGAUGAACAGCCAGAGCUGCAAGGUCGACAUCGUAUCCCGCGGCGGGGACCGCUGGACCCGCCUCUACAUUGUCAAGUUCGAGAGGCUCAGGGCCGAGUUCAGGGAGGCAGAGAGCUACAUGGUGGCCAGCGAUGACGACGACGACGACGACGAUGGCGACGACCCAGGUGCCGGACCGGCAGGUGCCAAUGCGCAAGACGGUGCCCUUGACCGCGGUGACGGCGGUGCUGGCAACAACGACAAGGUGGUGGGGGAGAAGGACGGCGACGACGACGGCGACGACUACGACGACGACCCCGCAAUGGACUCGGCCGCUCGCAACUGCAGCCUGAUGAAGACGAUCCGCGAGCUCAGGGCCGCCGCCGACACCGAGGCACAGGCACGCCUGCAGCGCUCCGCAGAGUCCGGCCGCCCAGACAUCUUCCGACCCAUCGAGAUCGAGCUCAUCAUCACCCGCAUCGACAUCGAACCAGAGCCGACGACACCUUUAGCCAAAGACGCCAGCGAUACGCCCUUCUACCAGCAGGACGAGGCGAGCCGCUUCCAGGCACGGAUGCGCGCCAUUCUGCGCGCGGCCAAGAGGAUGGGCGUCACCAUCGUCACCGGCUUCCGGCGCCUCCCGACCGAGACGUUUGGCCGCUUCGAGUAUCCAUCCGUCUUCCUCCAGGGGUCCGACCUGCCCGUCGGCCUUCCCCAGAUCCCCGCACCGCCACCGCGGCCAGACUGGAAGACGACGCGGCGGAUCAACCUCGACGUCACGGCGGCCAUCGCGCUGGUCAGCGACACGACCCACGGCAUCUUUGACGACGAAGGCGUCGCCGGCGAGGGUGGGCCUUGCUCGUCGUCCAAGCGCGUCCGGAGCCUCGACGCCGACAACGAGGCCGAUCCGACGUUUCAGCGGCACUUUCGGACGUUUUCCAUCCGCAAAGAGGCGCUCGAGGCGCGGGCUGCCGAGCUGUCGCUGCAGGACGACAAGUCCGAGGAGGCGGCCAGGGCAAUGGACAGCGCCGCGUCCAAGGAGGGGCGUGCGUUGGCGAUCCAGCUCGAGCGGGAGCUCACGCUCGAGACCCUCUUUGACGCCAUCCUCGAGCCGAUCCUGGGAGGUGGCAGGGGCGACUCUGCGGGGCAGCCGCGCAAGGUCGAGCUGCACGCCACCGUAGGCGCCUUUGACCGCCUGCGCCGCGUCAGCUCCACGGUCGGCGGCACCAACGAGAAGCGGAGGGUGGCGGCGCUGCUCGGCGACGACGGCGUGCCGCCGGACGAGUUCUGGCGCGGCUCCAAGUGGGCGAGCCCGGAGCACGCCCAGCUGCGCGCCUGCCUGCAGCUGCCGGUGCGUCCGCUCUCGGACCUCGGGCCCGGCGGACUCGACUCGAUCGAGGAGCUGAGCCAGCUGUACCCGGACCUGGCGCGGCGCCACUUUGUCUCGCACCUCCUCGACACGCUCGAGAGCUGCCUGACGGAGCUGUGGGGGCCCGAGUGGCGCGACAUCUCCGAGGACCUGCCGCGGAGCAAGUACAAGCGGCUCAAGCAGCACUCGGUCCAUCAGGCCGGCGGGCAGACAUACACGACGCUGCGCUCGAUGCACGCGUGCGCGCGGUACGGCAUGACGACCCUCACCUCGAACCUCGAGAGCGUGCAGUGGCUGCUCAAGGAGAUGAACCGGCGGCCCUACUCGGCCAAGACGCAGGCCAUCCUCGACCAGGCCGACGCGCAGGACGUCGGCGCCCUCUUCGACCCCAAGGCCACGUACGAGGCGUGCUUCCUCCUGCUUCACCCUCGCUCCCUGUCCGAGCAGAUGCGGAUGACGUCGGAAGCGCCGCCGUGGCGGGAGGUGCUCGCCGGCUUCCCUGGCGGCUUGGGCACGCCGAAGAGCGAAACGCCGCCAGAUGGGAUCCAGGAGAAGUCGGACAGCAAUCCACCCAAUGGCCAUGGCCAGGGCCAGAGCCAGAGCGAGGGCUUCGAGAGCGUGUACGGCAUCGAGCUGCCCACGCUCAGUCGCGCGGCGCCUCGAGACGGAGCGUCGACGUCUGCGGCCGAGGGAUCGCGCAAGCACACGGACGCAGCGUCGGGGGGCGGCGAUCUGGGAUCCAAGUCUUUUUUUGACCUCGCCGAGCCAAACGAGUCGCGGCAUCGCGGGCGGCCGCUGCCCGUGAGGGACAAGAGCGGCAGCAUGUCGACCGUCAGCGGCGACGAGACCACCGCCCUGGCCAUCGGCUUCGGCAUCGGUGCGGGUGCGGCGAUGGGCGCAGGCGCGCCGUCCCCCGGCACGCGCAAGAAGGGUUUCGGCGCCAGAGCCAAGGACUGGAUCGCCGGGCCCAGGCACCCCGUCGCGCCGAGGAUCCGACACUACCGCUGGUGGCCCCUUGGGCCCCUGGAGCACUUCUGGCUCAAGUUUACGGAUCCGGUCGCGUGGAAGGAUCCCUUUGCAGGGCAGGGAUACCGACGCGGCUACGGCAGCGGCUACGGCGACGGCGACGACGAUGACGGUGUUUCGGUCGCGCUGCCCGGCCCUCGCGGUCCGUCGACACCCGACGAGCCGCAGGCUCGCAAGGGGCAGCCGCCCCGCCUCGGUCUGGCCUGGUUCGAGCCGAUCCGCAGGGACCUUUCUACGAACCGCAUCCACUGGAGCGUCCUGUGCGCCACGUACGUCGCGUGGAUCCUGGGCUUCAGCUUCCUGACCGAGGGGCUGUGGUUCAACGGCUCGAUCACGGGACCGGACGGCAUCGCGCGGGAUCCCACGUUUUUCUCGUGCACGACGACCUACUGGCUGCGCAACGGCGGGUGCGGGCUCGACGGGCAGGACUGCUCGCCCUUCAGCACGCCGGCCGACAGCGCCGGGGUGGCGUUCCGGUGUCCGAGCGGGUGCUCGGGCGUGACGCUGCUCAACCCACGUACCGUUGGCGACGAGCAGGUCAACUACGUGCCGCUGGUCGUAGGGGGCGGCGACGAGGCCAAGACGUACCGCUCCGACUCGUUUGUCUGCGCCGCCGCCAUCCACGCGGGCGUCAUCCGCGAGUCGGAGGGCGGGGCGGGCAGCGUGCGGCUGGUGGGCGCGUGGUCGGGUUACGCCAACUCGACGUCCAACGGCAUCGAGUCGGUCGGGUUUGACGGCACGUUCCCGUCGAGCUUCCGGUUCGAGGCGACGUCCGAGGCGGUCGACUGCACCGAUCGGCGGUGGCGGCUGUACGCGCUCGACGUGGUGCUGUCGGCGUUUGUGGGGCUGGUGCUGCGCCCGAAGCGGAUGGUGUGGUUCUGGACGCUGGCCUGCCUGGGCUUCUGGCACGUCAACAUGGCGUCGGAGCCGCGCGACUACCCGCCUCCGGUGGGCGAGGCGGUGGGCGACCUGCUGCCGUACCUGUUCGGGUGCUACGUCAUCUGGCGGGUGGCGGUGCGGUACGUGUGGCCGGCCUUUGAGGGUCUGCCGCUCGAGGGAGGGGUGGGUACGCUGGGGCUGUGGUGGGUUGGGGUGCUGAUGAACGUCGUCUUCGCUGGGGUGCCGCUGCAGCGGCUGACGGCGCACGACAUUGGGCAGCAGCCGGGCGCGGUGACGGCGCUGGUCGUCAUCGUCGUGGUGGUUCUGGCGCUGGCCGUGCACCAGGUGCUGGUGAUCCGGCGGAUGGGGUACCUGCCCAAGUACCUCGUCCUGUACCUGGUGGGGGCGGCGCUGGUCGGGUUGGCGGCGGCGGUGCCGGGCGAGACGCUGCGGAUGCACCACUACAUUAUCGCGCUGGUGCUGGUGCCGGCGUGCGCGUUUCCGACGCGUCUGUCGCUGCUGGCGACGGCGUUUCUGCUGGGCAUGUACACCAACGGCAUCGCGCGGUGGGGGUUUGACGGGUUGCUGCAGGACGUGGCGACGGUGCGGGGCGAUGCGACGGGCGGGACGGGACAGCCGCGGUUCCUGACGAACUCGACGGGCUGGCCGCGGGCGGGGGGCGUGGUCGAGUGGGCUGGCCUGGAGGGCGACGAGGAGCGCGGGCAGUGGAGCGGCUUUAACCUGCUCGUCGACGACGUGCUGCGGUACCAGGGUGCCGGUACGACGUUUAACCUGUCGUCGCUACCGGACCUGUUUGCGCAGCAGCGUCGACGCGAGGGCCAGGAGGGCGACGACGAUGCGGGAUUGGGAGCGGGAUCGGCGCCGACGGCGUCGUUGAACGCGACGCUGCGCGAGGGACGCCACUACCUGCGUCUGGCCUUCACGGCGGCCGAUGGCACCGCUGGCGACUAUACGCGCGCGGCGACGGCGACGCUGGCCGACGAGGCCGCCUGGAGCGAUCCACAACCGGGCGCGACGUGA